UUUCUGCCAGCCCAGGUUUCUAGCCUGGUGCAACUAGGCCGCUUCCUUUUUGUCCGACAUCUUAGUGGGGCUGUUGGGCUCGCUGCCGCCCUCCGAGCUUCGCGAUGCCUCCCAAGGACGACAAGAAGAAGAAAGAUGCCGGGAAGUCGGCCAAGAAAGACAAGGACCCCGUGAACAAGUCUGGGGGCAAGGCCAAAAAGAAGAAGUGGUCCAAAGGCAAAGUUCGGGACAAGCUCAAUAACCUAGUGUUGUUUGACAAAGCCACCUAUGACAAGCUCUGCAAGGAAGUCCCCAACUAUAAGCUCAUCACUCCUGCGGUUGUCUCUGAGAGGCUAAAGAUUCGGGGGUCCCUGGCCAGGGCAGCACUUCAGGAGCUCCUGAGUAAAGGACUUAUUAAACUCGUGUCCAAGCACAGAGCUCAAGUGAUCUACACCAGAAACACAAAGGGCGGAGAUGCCCCAGCUGCUGGGGAAGAUGCGUGAGCAGGUCCCAAUUGUACAUUUUGAGAAAUAAAACUUUAUUAAAUCAAA